GGGGUUCCAAGGACACAAAACAAUAUCAAUUGUUCUCGAGUUAUGGCUUUUCCACGGGUUGUUGGCCAAUUUUCUUUAAAAUGUAACCCUGCAAAGAUCUGCUUCCUGGCAUCAUCAAGAUCAAGCUCAUGGUGGUCACAGGUAGAGCUUGGUCCCCCAGAUGCCAUUCUUGGAAUAACAGAAGCUUUCAAAAAAGAUACAAACCCCAAGAAAAUCAAUCUUGGGGUUGGAGCUUAUAGAGAUGAUUCAGGAAAACCUUAUGUUCUGCCUUCAGUGAGAAAGGCUGAAGAACUGCUGAUAGCUAAAAAGCAAGACAAAGAGUAUGGUCCCAUCCAUGGUUUACCAGAAUUCACUGGAGCUGCUGCCAAACUAGCCUUUGGAGAAGAUAGUGAAGUUAUAAAAAAUAGUUUGAAUGCAUCUGCACAGGCAAUCUCAGGUACUGGAGCUCUUAGGAUUGGAACAGCUUUUCUGAAAAGCUUUUUCCCUGGAAGUAAGGAUGUCUGGUUGCCUACACCAUCUUGGGGAAACCACACUCCAAUCUUGAAACAUUCAGGACUGGGAGUAAAACAAUAUCGGUACUAUGAUCCACAAACUUGUGGUUUUGACUUCAAAGGCUGUAUAGAGGAUAUUUCAAAAAUUCCAGAAAAUUCAGUGGUCAUGUUACAUGCAUGUGCUCAUAAUCCAACAGGAGUGGAUCCAAAGGAAGAGGAAUGGAAAGAGUUAUCAGAUGUCAUAAAGAAAGGCAAACUAUUUCCUUAUUUUGACAUGGCAUACCAAGGUUUUGCCAGUGGAGACACUGACAAGGAUGCAUGGGCCCUGAGAUACUUUAUAAAGGAAGGACACAAAGUACUGGUAGCUCAGUCAUUUGCCAAGAACAUGGGUCUCUAUGGUGAGAGAGUAGGAAUGAUCACAGCCACUUGUGAAUCGAAAGAGGAGGCAGAGCGAGUCCUGUCACAGAUCAAGAUCCUUAUCCGCCCCCUUUACUCCAACCCUCCAAUCCAUGGGGCCCGCAUAGCAGGUACUGUCCUCAGUGACCCUGAACUGAGACCACAAUGGGAGGUGGAAGUCAAAGGAAUGGCCGACAGAAUAAUUUCCAUGAGACAACAACUUGUAGAUAACUUGAAGAAAGAAGGUUCAUCUCACAACUGGUCUCACAUAACAGAUCAGAUUGGAAUGUUUUGCUUCACAGGGCUUAAACCUGAUCAGGUUGAAAGACUCACAAAAGAAUUUUCAAUCUAUUUGACCAAGGAUGGACGUAUUUCGAUCGCUGGUGUGACAUCCGGAAAUGUGGGAUACUUAGCUCAAGCAAUGCAUGAAGUAACAAAAUGAUGGACUCAAAAUUCUAGUUACCUUUAUUCUUUGUCUGACAAUUAUAAAAGUGCUGUCCAAGUUUCUACAGUAUAAUCAACAUGG